AUGGCUUUUAAUCUCCCUCUCAUUUUCACUUUUAUAGCUCUAUGUUUGUUUAAACACUGCACUUGUGCACAUGUUAAAUCACUCAAUGCAUCUUUAGCUGGUUUUCAACCAGCUGUAGCAACAUAUUAUGGGGCUCCAAAUGGAGCAGGAAGUGGUGGAGGAGCUUGUGGAUAUACAAAUACUGUAUCACAAACCCCUUAUAAUUCCUUUGUAUCUGCUGGAAAUCCUCCUCUCUACAGGAAAGGCUUAGGCUGCGGAGCUUGCUACCAGGUGAAAUGUAAUCUUGGCCCUUGCUCAGGAAACCCAGUGACUGUAACCAUUACAGAUGAAUGCCCUGGGUGUUCAGGUGCUAUUCAUUUUGAUCUAAGUGGAACUGCCAUGGGAGCUACGGCCAAGCCUGGACAAGCUGACGCGUUACGUAAUAUGGGAAAUAUCUCAAUCUCUUACCAAAGGGUACCGUGCGUAUACAAGAACACAAAUGUAGCAUUCAAGGUGGAUCCGGGAUCUAAUGCUAAUUUCUUAUCAGUAAAUGUAGAGUUUGAAAGUGGAGAUGGUGAUCUUAAUUUAGUGGAGCUUGUGCCAGCAAGAUCUACGCACUACAAGAACAACAACAACAGCAACAACAGCAUCCCCUAUCGCACACCCCCUUAA